AUGGAGCCCGAUGCUCUCGCCCAUUCGUCGCACAUCACUCAACCCGGCGACCCGUCACUAGAAUCGCACAAGCACGUCGCACACGUCGCACACAGCCACCCUCACACCCAUUGUCAGUCCAACGCGCCCGGCCACACCCAUGGCAGCCUCGCGCAAUCGACGCUCCCGUCGCUGCCGCACCGCCUGCACGCCCCGCACCUAUCGCACGAGGAAGCUUCUCCUCCGCUUCCCCUGAAGGCGGGCCGCCUGUCGUCGCUGGGCCACGCCGCGUGCAGCUCGAGCUGCCUCGCCGACAUGCGCGCCGCCUCUCCCCCGCGCGCCCGCGCGCACGGAUCUUCCUCCGACGACGCGCUGCUGCGGCAUUCCGCGGGGGCGGAGGAGGCGGACGGCGCGGAGGCGGGGGUACUGCGCGAUGCGGAGGAGGGCGCGGAGGGAAUGGUGGCGGUGGGGGAUGGCGUGGUGGUGGACGUGGAGAGAGUGCUGCAGGCGCAGUACGACGCGUGGCUGGAGAAGCACCCGUCGGCGGUGGCGCAGUUCUCGGCGGUGGCGCGCGAGAUGGGCGCGCGGCAGGUGGCGCUGUUCCUGGACUACGACGGCACGCUCGCGCCCAUCGUUGACAACCCCGACCGCGCCUUCAUGCCGCCCGGGAUGAGAGAAGCGGUGCAGCAGGCAGCAGUGCACUUCCCCACAGCCAUCAUCAGCGGGCGCGGCAGGGAGAAGGUUUUGAGUUCGUUCAGCUGCCCGAGCUCUACUACGCGGGCAGCCACGGCAUGGACAUUAUGCUGCCCGCUCACACGCCCUCCGCCUCCGCCCCUGCCUCUGCCUCUUCGCCCGAUGCGCCUGGGCGACAGGUGCACAGAUGCGCAUAACCACGAGGUGGUGGUGUUCCAGCCUGCCAGCGAGUUCGCACAGCUCAUGGAUCAGGUGUACACGGAGCUGGUGCGCGUGACAGCAGGCGUGGCAGGGUCACUAGUGGAGAACAACAAGUUUGCUGUCACCGUGCACUUCAGACGUGUUGCGGAGGAGUGCUGGGAGCAUCUGGCGGGCCUGGUGGAGCAGGUAGUGCAGCAGCACCCACGCCUGCGACUCUCACAUGGCAGAAAGGUGUUUGAGGUGCGCCCAGUGGUGGACUGGGACAAGGGCAAGGCUGUGCAGUACCUGCUCACCACACUUGGCCUCAACAACUCAUCUGCAGUCGUGCCAGUGUACAUUGGGGACGACAGGACAGACGAGGAUGCAUUUCAGAUGCUUCAGGCAAGGGGUUCAGGCUUAGGCAUCAUUGUAUCAGCGGCUGCAAAAUCAUCUGUGGCUUCUUAUUCCUUACGAGACCCUUCUGAGGUCCUGGAUUUCCUCGUUAAACUAGUCCGUUGGAAGGAGCAAGCAAUGGCCGUCUCUCGUCGUGCUUUUCAGAAAUUCUUCCUCAAUGGCGCCUUGCGCCCACUUGUAUCCCUCUCAAGCGCGUCUUCGACCAUCAACCCGCCUGAUGUGCCAAUCGCAAUCAAACAAUCACCCACCACACCGCACUGUAUGAACUAUUCAACACACUCGAAGUUCGGAACGCGAGAGAUGGUCAAGGCCAGGAAUGUCGCUCCUGGAGUCGCGAGCAAUCUUACUGGCGCCAAGCUGCCUUUUUUCACAGCACCUGUUCAUACUGCGGCGGAAACCAAGCACGACAUGUUCUGCUAUCAAUGCGAACAGACUCGGGAUGGUAAGGGAUGCAUGACUGUGGGUGUCUGCGGCAAAGAUCCUGAGGCCGCUGCUCUCCAAGACCUUCUUAUUCACUCUUUGAAGGGAUUGGCCCAGUAUGCCACUCGCGCGCGUGAGCUGGGACUUGAGAUCGGUGCCGAGGUGGAUUUUUUCGUGCAGGAAGCGGUUUUCUCAACCCUCACGAAUGUGAACUUUGACUCUGCCGCACUUCAGCAAUACGUCAAAGAGGCAAUCCACCACCGCGAUGCUCUCAGGGCGAAGUAUUUGGCUGCUGGUGGGAAAGAGGACGCUGCUUUGAAAACCCAUCAAGCGACCUUCGAGCUUGGCCGAUCACUCGACGACAUUGUGGAACAGGGUCGCGGUGUAGGCGUCGAGACACGUCGUGCGGGAUGGGAUGAAGAUAUUUUCAGCCUGCAGGAGCUGCUGGUCUAUGGCGUGAAGGGAACUGCUGCAUACUCUGCUCACGCAUAUGCAGUAGGAAAGCGUGAUACCAAGAUUUCCGACUUCAUUUACGAAGCUUUUGAUUACAUUUCACGACCAGCUGAUCAGCAAACGGCUGAAGGUCUUCUUGGCCUUGCCCUCAAGUGUGGCGAGACCAACCUUCGUGCAAUGGAGAUUCUUAAUGAGGGCCAUUGCGAGAGCUUCGGCACCCCAGAGCCUACUGUCGUCCGGACAUCUCCUGUCAAGGGAAAAUGCAUCCUAGUAUCAGGUCAUGACAUCAAGGACCUUUACGAACUGCUAAAGGCAACCGAAGGAAAGGGCAUAAAUGUGUACACGCACGGCGAGCUGCUGCCUGCGCAUGGCUAUCCAGAGCUGAGGAAAUUCAAGCACCUUAUUGGCAACUAUGGUGGCGCCUGGCAGCUGCAGAAGAUUGAGUUUGCUGCUUUCCCUGGUCCGAUCCUGGUCACUACAAACUGUCUCUUGGAGCCGAAGCCCAGCUAUGCGAAUCGCAUCUACUCUGCAAAUGCUGCUGGGCACAAAAAGGUCCAGCACAUUGAUGGUCGACGGUUCGACCCCAUCAUCAAGCAGGCACUAGAGAUGGAAGGGUUUGUUGCUGACGCACCUGAACGCACGGUUAUGACAGGUUUUGGCCAUGCUGCCGUCCUGAAAGCUGCUGAUGUCGUCAUUGAUGGUAUCAAAGAUGGACGCAUCAGCCACCUUUUCUUGAUUGGUGGUUGUGAUGGAUGGGAAGGCGAGCGCUCUUACUUCCGUGAUCUUGCACUUUCUUUGCCGCAGGAUGCUGUGGUUCUGACUCUAGCCUGUGGAAAGUACCGCUUCAACCAUCAGCAGCAGCAGUUUGGGAACAUCACUGGUACCCAAAUCCCUAGGCUGAUGGACGUUGGCCAGUGCAACGAUGCGUAUUCGGCCAUCCGCAUUGCUUCUGCAUUGGCCCAGGCAUUCAACACUGAUGUCAACAGUCUCCCGCUCUCCUUGGUCAUCUCCUGGUUUGAGCAGAAGGCUGUAGCUGUACUGCUUACCCUUCUUCAUCUGAACAUUCAAAACAUCCGCAUUGGUCCCAAGCUUCCUGCAUUUCACAAGAAUAUGGCGUGUGCCCAUCGCCUCGGUCAGGUCGUAUGCAGGGCUAGUGACUUCUACGCAAAAAAUCUGGUGUCGCCGUUUCCUAACGUUAAACGCGCGGUUUCAAAUGGACGAAGACGUGUACGACGCGUGGUAGCUCAAGCAAGCAACAGCGGCUCCAAGCCCCGAAGCGGAGUUAAGGCUAAUGCAGCUAUGCCAGCGAUGGAGACUCGCACGUCGCCCGACCAACACAACAUGUUCUGCUUCCAAUGCGAGCAAACCAAGGAUGGCAAGGGUUGCAUGUCCGUCGGUGUGUGUGGCAAGGACCCUGAAACAGCUGCUCUGCAAGACCUUCUCAUUCAUGCAUUGAAAGGAGUGGCGCGUUUCGCCGUGCGGAUUCGCGCUUUGGGGCAGCCGGUUGGCGCCGACAUUGACUUCUUCGUGCAGGACGCCAUCUUCGCGACUCUCACCAACGUCAAUUUCGACGCAGAAGCCAUUCAGAGAUACAUUAUGGAGACAGUCCGCCUCCGUGACGAUCUCAGGACCAAGCUGGCCGAAGCAGGCGGCGACCUGUCGGACCCCGCGCUGGCGUCGCACGAGGCCACGUUUCAGCCUUCACUGGCGCUGCCGGACCUGGUGGAGCAGGGCCAUGCGGUGGGCGUGGAGGCGAGGGCAGUGGGGUGGGACAAGGACAUCUUCAGCCUGCAAGAGCUGCUCACGUACGGCGUCAAGGGCACUGCGGCCUACUCCGCGCACGCCUUCGCGGUCGGACAGCGCGACACGCUGAUUGCGGACUUCAUCUACGAGGCCUUCGACUACAUCUCGCGGCCGGCGAGCGAGCAAACGGCAGAUGCGCUGCUGGCGAUGUGCUUGAAGUGCGGCGAGGUGAAUUUGCGCGCCAUGGAGAUCCUCAACACCGGUCACAAGAGCAGCUUCGGCACACCCGAGCCGUCGGUGGUGCGCACGUCGGCCGUGGCGGGCAAGUGCAUCCUGGUGUCGGGGCACGACAUCAAGGACCUGUACGAGCUGCUCAAGGCCACGGAGGGCACGGGGGUCAACGUGUACACGCACGGCGAGCUGCUGCCCGCGCACGGCUACCCCGAGCUCAAGCGGUUCAAGCACCUGAUUGGGAACUAUGGUGGCGCGUGGCAACUGCAGAAGCUGGAGUUCGCAAUGUUCCCGGGGCCCAUCGUGGUGACCACCAACUGCCUGCUGGAGCCCAAGCCCAGCUACGCCGACCGCAUCUACGCGCUCAAUGCCGUGGGGCACAAGAAGGUGCAGCAUGUGGAGGAGUGGCGGUUUGAGCCCAUCAUCCAGCAGGCGCUGGCCAUGGAGGGCUUCACGCACGACGAGCCGAUGCGCAGCACCAUGACAGGGUUCGGGCACGACGCAGUGCUGCAGGCCGCGGGUAUCGUGGUGGACGGCAUCAAGGACGGCCGCAUCAACCACAUCUUCCUCAUCGGCGGCUGUGACGGGCUAGAAGGCGAGCGUUCCUACUACAAGAACCUGGCGCUGUCACUGCCGCAGGACACUGUGGUGUUGACGCUUGGGUGUGGCAAGUAUCGGUUCAUCCACCAGCAACAGCAGUUUGGCAACAUCACAGGCACAGAGAUCCCUCGCCUGCUGGACGUGGGCCAGUGCAACGAUGCGUACUCCGCCAUCCGCAUCGCUUCUGCGUUGGCCGAGGCAUUCGAGACCGACGUGAACAGUCUGCCCCUCUCGCUGGUCAUCUCGUGGUUUGAGCAGAAGGCUGUAGCGGUCCUCCUCACUCUUCUUCAUCUGGGCAUCAAGAACAUCCGCAUUGGCCCAUCAUUGCCAGCCUUCGUGUCACCUAAUGUGCUUCAGAUCCUAGUGGACAACUAUAACCUCAUGCCUAUUGGGGGUCCUGAGGACGUUCCCAAGGACAUGCAGGCUAUGCUAGGAAAUGCCUAG